UAAAUUGUACCUCCAUGUGUCCUCUCACCACUCUCUCUGGCUGUGAAGUUCUACUUUAACCGAGAGGCCAGAUGGACACAUUUUGGUAUGCCAAUGAAAGCAUUUAAGUCCGAACGCGGCAGGACGAGAUUGGCAAAGGUCGGCGAGAAGAAUUAUUCAGAGCACACGCAGAGCAAACGAGCGUUCAUGGGGACUGGCUGGCCCGAGAGGCUCAAAGGAAUUAGAGCUGAUGGGCACGACGGUGUUUGUCGAUAUUUCACGGGGCCAGAAAAACCCUAAAGGAAGAAGAAGAAGGACAGAUUAGAAGCCUUUUGUUCUUGCAUGCUGGAGGGGGCCUCGAGGCUCGAGCGUCGAGGUGUGUCUUUCUUUGAAUGUCACCGUUCCUCGUGUCCUCUAAAUUGUCGCACAUUCGCUCCCCAUCCCUCGCCUUCCCUUGCCCUGCUGUGGCCUGGCCUGUCCUGCUAUGCUUGAUGAGUUCCGUCCUCUGGUAAGGAUUGGUCGUCGAGCGAAGGGCGGAGGAGGGCCAACGGUGACAGGUCUGUGUGUACAGCGCGAUCUUGUGAAAUCCGAGAGAAUGUGCUGCGGCAAUUACGGCGUCGAUUCCUGGCAUCGCUAGUUUUUGCGUCGGUGGAAACUUGGGUGGCAGAUCGGGGCCGCGAGGAUCGUAGAGAAGCCGGCCAUGAGGUUAAGGAAAGGUUAGUUGGACUAGAUUGAGGUUAGAAAAUAAAAAGGUGCGGGGACAUUGGAGCAAACAUGGCGAUUCCCGUGAACAGCAAGGUAGUGAAGUCCGUAGAGCUUUACAGAUGGAGAGCUACGGCAUGGAGAUUAGAUAUGUGGCCGUUUGCAGGCAUGUACGGUGCGUGGUUGGUGAUGAGUGCACCGCAAUUGGAUCCAACUGAUUCGGGGAUCAUUUUGGGAUGUAUCGUGCUUUCGCACAUUCUGACCUGGCUGUUUACGGCUUGGUCUGUCGAUUUUCGCUGUUUCAUGCAUGCCGAGAAGGUGAGAGAUGUCCACUUGGCAGAUGUUUGUAAGGUCGUUCCGGCCAAGUUUUCUGGUUCGAAGGAGGUCGUCCCACUGCAUCAGAGGAAGAUCUCGCCAGGCGAGAAGCUUAAUGGUUUUAGAGAUGGUUCUCAACUGCUCACCAGCAAGCAAUCAGGAUCCCCAGCUCCUUCAGCAACACAAGCAGGCGAAGAAAUUGGUUUUGAGUUCCGAAAGCAACAAUUUAUAUAUUCUGAAGAGGAGAAUAAGUUUUUCAAACUUGACUAUCCAAAUAAGGAACCAUUCGGAACGUACAGCAAACUUACAGGUUAUGGUUCAGAAACAAGAGCACAAGUGGCGAUGGAGAAGUGGGGAAGGAACAUAUUUGAGUUUCCUCAACCGACUUUUGGCAAUUUGAUGAAAGAGCACUGCAUGGAGCCCUUUUUUGUUUUCCAGGUAUUUUGUGUGGGGCUUUGGUGUCUUGAUGACUAUUGGUACUACAGUGUCUUCACCCUCCUCAUGCUGAUACUGUUCGAAUCAACCGUCGUCAAGAGUCGGUUGAAGACAUUGCAAGAACUCCGUCGGGUUCGGGUUGACAGCCAGACACUUAUGGUUCAUCGGGGUGGAAAAUGGAUGAAACUUUCUGGUAUGGACCUGUUACCUGGAGACGUGGUUUCAAUAGGACGACCAACUGGCCAGGGAAGCGAAGAGAGGACUGUCCCAGCCGACAUGUUGCUAAUUGCAGGUAGUGCCAUUGCCAAUGAGGCGCUUUUAACCGGAGAGUCUACUCCACAAUGGAAAGGGUCUAUUGUAGGCCGGGAGCCCGGGGACCGACUUUCAAUUAGGCGGGAUAAGAACCAUGUGUUAUUCGGUGGAACCAAGAUUUUGCAGCACACGCCUGACAAGACUGGUUCAUUGAAAGCUCCUGAUGGAGGCUGCUUAGCUGUGGUGCUGCGAACGGGAUUUGAAACUAGUCAGGGAAAGCUCAUGCGAACCAUCUUGUUUUCAACAGAGCGGGUCACGGCUAACAACUGGGAGAGUGGACUGUUCAUCUGUUUCCUUGUAGUAUUCGCUCUCAUUGCUGCUGGAUACGUGUUGAAGAAGGGCUUGGAUGAUCCGAAUCGCAGCAAGUACAAGUUGUUCCUGAACUGCUCUUUGAUUAUCACGUCGGUGAUUCCACCAGAGCUCCCAAUGGAGCUUUCGAUUGCAGUCAAUACAUCCUUGAUUGCUCUCGCAAAGAAAGGGAUCUACUGCACUGAGCCUUUCCGGAUUCCAUUUGCGGGGAAGGUGGAUGUGUGUUGCUUCGACAAGACUGGGACCCUUACAAGUGAUGACAUGGAAUUUCGAGGAGUCGUGGUACUGAGUGAAAGUUUAGAGCUGGAAGCGGAUUCUAGCAAGUUUUCCAACCCUACUGUUCAGGCUUUGGCCUCGUGUCACGCUCUAGUUUUUGUUGACAACAAACUCGUUGGUGAUCCCUUGGAGAAAGCCGCUCUGAAAGGUGUGGAUUGGAGUUAUACUGCUGAUGAGAAGGCUAUCCCGCGAAAGGGAAGUGCACCUCCGGUUCAGAUCAUGGCACGUCAUCACUUUGCUUCCCAUUUAAAGCGAAUGUCUGUUGUGACUCGGAUUGACGAGAACUUUUUCUGUUUCGUUAAGGGUGCCCCUGAAACAAUCCAGGAGAGAUUGACUGAAGUUUAUCCAGGAUACGUAGAGGCUUACAAACAAUUUACACGUCAAGGCUCCAGAGUGAUCGCACUUGCUUACAAGCGACUACCAGAAAUGACGGUUGGAGAUGCUAGAUCUCUGGAUCGCGAAGAAGUCGAAACUGGACUUUCCUUUGCAGGUUUUGCGGUCUUUGCAUGUCCUCUCCGGCAUGAUUCAGCAACUGUGCUCAAGGAAUUAAAGGAAUCUUCACAUGACCUGGUCAUGAUAACUGGAGACCAAGCAUUAACUGCGUGUCAUGUAGCAGCACAAGUUCACAUCAUCACACGUUCCGCUCUGAUCUUGACCCCUCAUGCAGACGAAUCGAACGAAGAUACUUUCAACUGGAUAUCUCCUGACGAAAAAGUCAAACUUCCUUACAAGAAGGAAGAGGUGCUGGAUAUUUCAAACGAGUAUGACCUCUGUGUUGCUGGGGAUGGGCUUGGCAUGUUGCAACGGACACAUGCCUUGGAGAUUGUGAUUCCCGUAACGAAGGUUUUUGCUAGAGUGGCUCCAGACCAGAAGGAGUUGAUUCUGACAACCCUGAAGGCCGUAGGACGAACUGCUCUAAUGUGUGGAGAUGGAACAAAUGACGUCGGUGCCCUGAAGCAGGCGCAUGUUGGAGUUGCCCUUUUGAAUGCCAUUCCUCCCGUUAAAGCUGCGAAUGCUUCUUCUUCAACAAAUACCGAACCUGGAAGUGCUACUUUGGCACCGUCUGCUACGACUCCGUCAACAGGUCAGGUUAACAAGGCAAAGCGCUCGAAAAGUGCGAUCGCGGGACCCUCAGGAAUUGCUGGAGCUGUCCAGAGUGGUGCUAGCAGUUCUGGUGCUGUUACACGACCUGUCAAGGUUGGAUUACCAACUGGUCAGCAAAACCCUGGAAAGACAUCCCCGACUGGGCAAGGGGGACCAGGAAGUAAACCACUAACUCCAGCUGAACUCCAGAAGUUGAAGCUGAAGAAGAUGAUGGAUGAGCUGAAUGAAGAAGGUGACGGACGAAGCGCCCCGACUGUCAAGCUAGGCGAUGCGUCAAUGGCCGCACCUUUCACCGCAAAGCACUCUUCAGUCCGACCCACGACUGAUAUCAUCAGACAAGGUCGAAGUACCUUGGUAACUACCCUUCAAAUGUUCAAAAUCUUAGGGCUGAACUGUCUUGCUACUGCAUACGUUCUCAGUGUGAUGCACUUGGACGGCGUGAAGCUCGGUGAUAUGCAGGCCACCAUAAGUGGAGUUUUUACCGCAGCUUUUUUCCUUUUCAUCUCGCAUGCGAGGCCGUUGAAUACUCUGUCAGCCCAGAGACCACAUCCAAACAUUUUCAGUCCAUACGUCAUUCUUUCUCUGCUAGGGCAAUUUGCGAUUCAUAUCACAUUUCUGGUAACAGUAGUGAAUGGCGCAAAGAAGUACAUGCCCGAGGAGUGUAUUGAGCCAGAUUCGGAAUUCACGCCAAAUCUUGUCAACACUGUUUCGUACAUGUCGAACAUGAUGAUUCAAGUUGCCACCUUUGCUGUCAAUUACAUUGGACAUCCUUUUAACCAAAGUAUCCGAGAAAACAAGCCAUUCUACUUUGCCCUUACUUCCGCAGCGAUCUUCUUCACUGCCUUACUCUCAGACCUGUUUCGGAGCUUGAAUGACUGGUUAAGAUUAGUUCCCUUGCCCCAGCCUUAUGGGCGCCAAGUGCUCGGGUACGCCGCCGCUAUGGUUGCAGGCUGCUACUUGUGGGAGCAUUCCUUGCGAUGGGUGUUCCCUCCUCCAUCGCCAACGAAGCCCCGACAACGGCGAAGAGCAGUUUCCAAACCUUUAGAAUCUAAGAAACGCGACUGAUGUGUAGGGAUACCUUAUGUCAUUCUUUACCAUAAGCUAUAUGGUAGUAAGCAUCGUUCAAUGCGGUUGUCAGAUGCCAGCAUGAAAAAUUUUGACCUUACUGAAGAUCCCAUGCUGGUAUGCGUGAAUAUCAAUCUCAAUAAUUUUUCUUGCUAGGCAAGCACUAGAAGUUUCGAGGUGAAGCAGGUGUAGUGUUUCCACGAGUAUUUUUCCGGGCCAGGCCGAAAGUCUUCAGUCUGUCAGACGUAGCUGUAUUGUGAUUGGGAUGGACAACCCUGUAUCACAAUGACGAUACAUAUGUUAAUCCACGUGCUGUUAGAUGUACGGAGAUUAUUGUCAGUAGAAGUCUGACCUGAAUGAGGAAGAGCAACGACUUAGGGACCCUCCCGCCGCACGGAUGGGUAGCGCACUUGUAAUGCUAUUGAAUGCGAUUCCCCAUCUCUCCCGUUUUGAGUACGUUGUGGCAGAUGUCUUGCUUUGCAAUAUGACGGAUGUGA